AUGGAUGAAUCUAAGAAAAGUGUACACUUAACAACCGAAGAAGUCAGGGAACAAGAAGCCAUGGAGGAGCCCUCAAAAACAGAGCUGUCAAAGACACUCAUCUGGGUUUCACUGGCCUCCGCCAGCAUAAGUUUGCACUAUGGUUACAACAUCUGGCUAGUUUAUUCUCCUGGUGCGCUCCUACGAGAGUUUUAUAACGCCUCAUCAUUUCACGUGCUAGUUGUCCCAAAAUUUCAUGUAAUUGUGAUGGCAAUCAACAUUGCCAUAUUCCCACUUGGAGGCAUCUUUGGAUCACUUUUGGUUGGCUUUUUGGCAGAUACACUUGGCAGGAAAGGUUGUUUGGUGCUAACCAAUAUUUUAGCCAUGGUCUCUGCCAUCUUCAUGAGUUGUACCUAUUUUAUAUAUGGCCUUGAAUUCACCUUUUUUGCCCGUUUGUUCACUGGGAUAUGUGCAGGUUUAAUUUUCAGUACUGUUCCUUUAUAUCUGGGUGAAAUAGCCCCAAGAAACCACAGAGGAGGCCUUAUUUUGCUAACCCAUUUCUAUCUAACUGUUGGUGUCCUGUUGGCUCAGAUACUUUCUGCGAAUGAACUCCUAGGAAAUGCAGAAGGUUGGCCUGUACUGAUGGGUCUUGCGGGAUUUGCACCCCUGGUUCAAGCGUUUCUACUGCCCUUCAUACCUGAAAGUCCAAGGUACUUAAUGAUUUAUAAGAAAAAUGAACAGCAAGCAAGAAAAGUCCUGAAGUUUCUGAGAGAGACAGAGGAUGUGGAAGACGAAAUUGAAGAAAUGCACCUGGAGGACCUUGCUGAGAGUAAUAACAAAGACAUGAGUCCGCUGAGACUAAUUCAGACUCCGAGUCUGCGGUGGCAGGUCAUCACUAUAGUUGUCCUCAUGAGUGGUUCGCAGCUCAGUGGUAUAAGUGUGGCAUAUUUUUAUACAGAACGAAUCUUCUUGACUAUGAAUUUGAGCAGCAGCAGCAUGGAGUACGUCAGUUCUGCAGCCAUCAUUAUCAUCUCCUCCUCUGUUCUAGUAGCGAUAUACUUGGUUGAUUCUCUGGGACGGCGAGUCUUUCUUCUUGUGGGUUUUGCAGUCUGUAACAUCACCUCUGUUUUGUUAACCAUGUCACUUGAACUUCAGGGUAUUGUUAGUGAAAUGUCAUAUUUCAGCUCCAUUUUGAUAAUCAUAUUCAUUUCUGCGUACAACAUGGGACCUGGCCCACUUCCAAAUGUACUUACAACCGAGCUGUUCUCUCAAUCAUCACGAUCCUCGGCCUUUGUGAUUUCAGGCUUUGUGUUCUGGGCCACACAAUUUAUCACAGGAUUAACGUUCUCCUACACAGAGGAGUAUGUUAAGAACUACAGCUUUCUCAUCUUCUGGCCGAUCUGUGCAGGAACCUUUUUUUACAUCUUCAAAAUGAUCCCGGAGACCAAGACACAAACUUAUAUUGAUAUCAAAAGAGUCAUGUCAGUCCAAGUAACCAAGAAGAUCCACACCAAGGGGAAAAAGCGUGUCAAAAGACAUGCCUGA